AUGUACACGGCAGCUUUUCUGGUGCUCCUCGGGGGCAUGGUAAACCAGACAGUGGCGCACUAUCUCUUCGGCCAUCUCAUCAUCAAUGGCACCAAAACCCCGGCCUUUGAAUACGUCAGAGAUGUCGACCCACCCUCCGAAUACAUCGACUCCAUCGCAUUCGGCAAAACCUACCCCCUCUGGCCGGAGGACCUCGACUCCGCAAAUUUCACUUGCGGCCGCAACGCGUGGCUGUACGCGUCCAACACCUCGACCGCCACCGUGAUGGCCGGAUCGCAAGUGGGCAUGGGCGUGAUUCCGCAGAUCCCCAGCUUGAAGGGGAAGUAUGAUAAUAUCUUCCACGAGGGGCCCGGGUUGGUGUACAUGGCUCCGUUGAAGGGGAAGAAGACGUUGGAGGAGUGGACGGGCGAGGAUGGCGAGUGGUUCAAGAUUGCCGAGUGGGGUUUUUUGAACGCGACGGCUUGGGUGAUUCAGAAGUGGACUGAGGUUAACUUUACCAUCCCACUUACUACACCGCCGGGGAAGUACCUGCUCAGGAUGGAGCAUUUCACGUUUAGUCCUUCGAUGCAGUGGUAUGUCAACUGUGCGCAUAUCGAUGUCGUUGGGCCAGGAGGAGGAAACCCAACCGGCUUCGCAAAAUUCCCGGGAACCUACGUUCUCAAAGAUAUCAGGGACAGAUUUUACAAAGAAGGUUGGAGCCGCGACUAUCGGAACUUCAGCGGAUUCGGAGAGCCGCCAGUGUGGAGAGGUUGAUUUAUCGUGCGGUAUGUGUGUUGGAAGAAGAGAAAGGGUAUGUCGGGACGCAUACGUUGAGGUCGAUAUUCGAUUAUACAUGGAUUCCUGGAACUCGUCAUAUACCUCUCCAUCAUCCCAGCCAGCCCUGUAAUCAUCUCCCUGCGUCCCUCAAAUCCCCCUUCCCCUAGACCACUUCCCCUAGACCACUUC